CUAACAGUGGUUUAUUUAACGCAGCUUUACAAUAUAGUAGCCUACUUUUUAUUUUAAUAAAAUAUACAUUUUGUAUUUAGUAUCGGCAGUCUUUAGCAUUAUUGGUACAUAUCUUCUUUAACAGGAGUGACCAUAACAACAUGACAGUGCUAUGUUCACACGGAAUACGUGUAUUGUAUUGUUUUUGCAAUUACAUUGUAUUGUUUAAUCGAUAUUAAUUACUAUACAAUAUUUGUAAAUCUACAAGUUUUUCGUUUUUGUAAUACCAGAUUAUUGCAUUAUUUUGUGUGGCAUCUGUAUUGAUUUAAUACAUGUUAAAAAUGUCUGCGCGUUACUUCCUGAUCUUGUUUAUCACAUAUGUUUAAAGUAUAUUUAUGUCAAAUUUAUAUCACCAAUUCCAUUUUGACGGGGCAUUUUCACCGGCCAGACGAUGUGUAAUUUCUGCCACCUGCUUUACCAGUACAUAUUAUUUGGACUAAACCUAACAACAUGUUUAAUUUUGUAUUCAACAAUAUUCGUAUAUCCUUGGUUAAAGGAAUGUCAAUUUCUUUCACACUUCUGCUUUCUUCAACCGCAUUUUCAGGCCGGACCUGUAUAGUCACGUCUUUUGUUGUUAUGUGCACGUUGACGUCGUCUUCUCCCGCCGCGUACGCGAUGACGCAUGUUCUUGCGCAGAGAGAUGGAGGCCUUCGGCUGACUGCAAGAAAGACGCGAAAAGAAAGAGACUAGAGAAACUCCCAAAGCAAUAGCGGAGAGCUGGCUAGUUCACACCAGGGGCUGUGCACAGUACCAGGGACCGGUCCAGGAGAACCUUCCCGGGGACAGAGUCGCAGAUAGAGUGGGUGUGCUGACCACAGUGUCACCAUGGCGACGGAUAUCACCUCCCCACCCCGGUUCUUCCACAUGCCGCGGUUCCAGCACCAGGCUCCACGGCAGCUCUUCUAUAAGCGGCCCGACUUUGCCCAGCAGCAGGCCAUGCAGCAGCUCACCUUUGAUGGGAAGCGCAUGAGAAAGGCAGUGAAUCGCAAAACCAUUGACUACAAUCCUUCUGUCAUUCGCCACAUCGAGAAUCGUCUGUGGCAGAGAGACUAUCGAGAUCUCAGAGUCAUCCAGCCUGAUGCUGGCUAUUACAAUGAUCUUGUUCCUCCAGUGGGAAUGCUAAAAAACCCCAUGAAUGCAGUCACGACCAAGUUUGUCAGAACUUCUACCAACAAAGUCAAGUGCCCUGUUUUUGUCGUCCGGUGGACCCCCGAAGGCAGGCGCCUUGUUACUGGGGCCUCCAGUGGAGAGUUCACGCUAUGGAAUGGACUUACCUUCAACUUUGAAACCAUCCUACAGGCCCACGACAGCCCUGUGCGAGCCAUGACCUGGUCCCAUAAUGACAUGUGGAUGCUGACAGCGGACCAUGGUGGCUAUGUGAAGUACUGGCAGUCCAACAUGAACAACGUCAAGAUGUUCCAGGCGCACAAGGAGGCGAUUAGAGAGGCCAGUUUCUCACCCACGGAUAGUAAAUUUGCCACUUGCUCUGAUGAUGGAACUGUUCGCAUCUGGGACUUUCAGCGGUGCCACGAGGAGAGAAUCCUGCGAGGGCAUGGAGCAGAUGUGAAGUGUGUGGAUUGGCAUCCUACAAAAGGGAUGGUGGUUUCAGGAAGCAAAGACAGCCAGCAGCCAAUCAAAUUCUGGGAUCCAAAGACAGGACAGAGCCUUGCGACGCUACACGCCCACAAGAACACAGUCAUGGAGGUGAAGUGGAAUCUGAAUGGUAAUUGGCUGCUCACUGCAUCACGUGACCACCUGUGUAAGCUGUUUGACGUGCGCAACCUGAAGGAGGAGCUGCAGGUCUUCCGGGGGCACAAGAAGGAGGCUACAGCCGUGGCCUGGCACCCGGUACACGAGGGCCUCUUUGCCAGCGGAGGCUCUGAUGGGUCCCUGCUCUUCUGGCACACUGGUGUUGAAAAGGAGGUGGGGGGCAUGGAGAUGGCCCAUGAAGGGAUGAUUUGGAGCUUAGCCUGGCACCCACUGGGUCACAUCCUUUGUUCUGGAUCCAACGACCACACUAGUAAAUUCUGGACUAGAAAUCGCCCCGGGGAUAAGAUGAGGGACAGAUAUAACCUGAACCUCUUAUCGGGAAUGUCAGAAGACGGGGUGGAGUAUGAUGACAUUGAGCCCAACAGUAUGGCUGCCAUCCCAGGAAUGGGGAUCCCAGAGCAGUUGAAGAUAGCCAUGGAACAAGAGCAGACUGGUAAGGAGGAGCUGGAUGAAAUGGAGAUGACGAUACCCGGUCUGGACUGGGGGGUAGAGGAGAUGAUGCUGAAGGAUCUGAAGAAAGUUCCUCAGAAGAAAGUGCCCUACGCUAAGCCCAUCCCAGCGCAGUUCCAACAGGCCUGGGCAGAGAACAAGGUGCCAGCGUUGCCCCCUGGAGAGGUCCCGAAAGAAAGGAAAGACGAGAAGAAGCAAAUGAAGAUUGAACGGAUGGCACAAAAGCAAUCUGAGCAGGGCCCCCCCACCCUGCAGGGUGCCAUGCCUUCAUUCCCAGGCCAAGGGCCCAUGCCCACUCCUCUACAAGGUUUCCAGCCAUCGCUCCCUCCUCAGCAGAUGCCCCCCAACAUGCCUAUGGGUCCCACUGGCCCACAGGGACCUUUCAUUCCUCAGGGACAAAUGGGCCCUCCCGGACCCCAGCACCACCAGGGCCCCCCAGGUCCACAGGGCUUCAUGGGGCCCCAGGACAUGCAUGGACCCCAGGGUAUGCAGAGGCACCCAGGCCCUCAAGGGCACAUGGGGCAUCAGGGGCCACCAGGGAUGCCUGGCAAGGGGAUGCAUGGGCCUCCUGGAAUGCCCCCUGGACCGAGAGGGAUGCCUGGACCACCUCCGGGGGGAAUGCAGGGACCUCCAGGAGGCAUGAUGGGUCCCCCACCCCGUGGAAUGGGGCCUCAAAACAAUCAGGGACCCCAUCCCCAAGGAGGCAUGAUGGGCCCCCAGGACAUGAGAAUGCCUCUGACACAGGGAGGCAUGAUGGGCCACCCUUCACCACAGGACAUGAGAGGCCACCCAGGGCCACCCAUGCAAGGGGCAAUGAUAGGGCCUCCUCCUAUUGGGCCACAGGGACAGCAAAACCCCCCCAGGGUACCCCAAGGCCUGCACGGACACAACAACAUGCAGGGUCCUGGGCACAUGCCGGGGCAGGGAAACAUGCAAGGACCUGGCACCAUGCAGGGGCCACCCCCGUUUAUGCAGCAAGGCAAGCCACCCCUGUUGGGUGAAGGGCCCAGGCCACCGUUCAACCAGGGGGGACAGAAUCAAGGGCCGCCUCCAUUGAUGUCUGGAUUGGUGCAGCAGGGACCAGGUCCCAACAGCAAAGGAGAUUCUCGCGGCCCCCCAAACCACCACAUGAGCGGUCCUCCGGAUCGACGGGGCCCCGAAGGGGGUAUGGGUCCAGACCAGGGUUCGGAAAGGGGAGCCUCUUAUUGGGGGGAGUCCCGUGACGGCCGUCGAGGCCCAGCCCCUGAAUUUGAGGGUCCGGAUGAGCGGUUCCACCCGCAGGGAGGGGAGGGCUGGCGGCAGCAGCCCACGCAGCAGCCCCAGCGUGGACAGAACCAAGAAUUCCGUGAUGGGGAUGGGCGGGGCCACCACAGAGGGGGCCCCCAGGGUGGCUGGGAGGGGCGACGGCACUCUGAAGAGAGGUUUCCACGUGACGGCGAGGAUCCACGAUACAGGGGCCGCAGAGAGGAAAGGUUUGAUAAUUAUGAGGCACCCGAUGAGGAGUUCGACCCACAGCAGCAGCGACCAAGAGAGCAGCAGAGGCCCGUGCGGCACAGCCAGGAGUUUGACCAUGAGCAAGCUGAUGAAUCGUUCCACAGAGGGGGAGCCUCUCGACAGGAGGGUCGAGGUGGACGGGGCUACUCGGACGAGUUUGUUGGCAAGGAUUUUGAGGAGGAGAAAGGAAGGGGUUGGGAUACUGGAGGAAGAGGGCGUGGCCGCGGAACACAAAGAGGAGGAGGGCGGAAGGGUCUACUUCCUACUCCAGAUGAGUUCCCGCCUCAUUUCGAAGGGGGGCGCAAACCUGAAUCCUGGGAAGGAGCACGAGAUCAGGGCAAUGAGCACUUCCGGGAUGGCUUGCGCCCAGAGCACUCUGCCCGGGACAGCGCCUCCCCUGCCAGCAGGGAGCGCUCCUCCUCUCUGCAGGGCAUGGACAUGGCUUCCCUCCCUCCUCGCAAGAGACCCUGGCACGACGGGCCCGGGACAGCAGACCCCAGGGAACGAGAUUCCCCAGGAGGGGCUCCUGAGGAGAGGCCUGCAGUUCGAGGAGGCGGCUCUUCCCAGCGCAACAUGAAGCGGUCGAGUUCUCAGGACGGGGAACACCACCGUGAGGAGGCUGGCUAUACCCGCGGGGGAGGAGGCCGGGGUGGGUCUGGCUGGGGGAGAGGAGGAGGAGGAGGAGGAGGGAACAUGAACAGCUCCAGCCAACCACGACGAGGUCCGUCACGUGGAUCUUCGAGAGGGGCGCGAGGCCGGUAGGGCCACGAGAACUGGGACAAUGUUUCACCUCAACACCAUUGAGAGGACACACGAGUCUGAACUGGAAACCAUGCCACUGGGGACUGGGCUGGGUGGGGAACCAGCAUGUUUCUGGAAUAUGGUACUGGUGCUGGGACACCUGAGGGGAGCUGGUCUGUGGCAGCCUCUCCCCUAUAGACGUGCACACACUCGGGCAGCUCACACAGGUAUGCAGGGGUGUACUCUGUGUGGGGGUACAUCACGACUGGAACCAAGCUGUCACUUCUUCAUUCAUGUAGAAUCUCUUUGCAUCUGCUCAUGUAAUAUAUAGUUCUGUGUGCGGCGAAUACCUUUUUCUGUAUCCAUCUCUCUUGUAUUUAGUUCUAUAUUUUGUUCUAAUCUUGCACUGGUUAUUAUAAAAGUGGGUACACACAUAGCUAUCUUUAUCCUGCUAGUUGUCUUGUUCAAUUGCACCUCCAGUCUUUUUUUUUUUUUUUUAUGUUCUUGCAGCAAACCUCCCCCAGUCCUGACUACAGUCUUUCUUCCAGAGUCUGUCACAGUGAAAAUACAUUCAGGUUUCAGUCACUAGCAUACUAAGCACAUUGGCGUUCAAGAACGCACUCAAAACUGAUUCACAGACGCGUCAUAUUUUUAUAUUUAGAUCUGUGGUAAAAUUAUAUUGUACUGCAAAAUAAGCCGUGCUGAAUACAUUACUCAAAUAAAGGUCUGUGUGCUAGCUCCUCUCUGCCUCUUACGAGCUGAGCCAAAAGCCAUUCUGAGCCAAUUCUGAGACCCAGUUCCUAUUGACAUUUAUUAAUGAGCUCCUGAAGAGACAGAAGGAGUGGGUGACAAAAUGACAAGAAUCCUAAUAUACUUGCUUUAUUUAUCCUAAAGUUUGAAUAAAGCAAGUCAGGAUUUUCUGAGAAUUUUUUUUUUUUUUUUUUGUUGUACCAAACAGUAUUAAGGCAUCUAUAAAGCAAAUGUCACUUAUAGUAGCUAACACACUGUUUGGCAUUAUGAAAGUAAGUAUGCCUUUUUUGACUUGCCUGUUAUUUUACCGGUCAUCUCCCUAACAUCUUGCCAGAAGACAAGCAAAAUAUAAAAUGUAAAAAAAAAAAAAAAAAAAAAAAAAAAAAAAAAAUUGAGAAGAAAAUGAUAUCUCCGAUGUGAAAUUCCAACAGCUCUGCAGCAUAAGCUGCUCUUUGUGUCUUUUGUUAUAAUGGUUUGUAAAGGACGUUGCAAGCAGGGCAAGUUAGUACCACUCUGUACUCCCCAAAGAAAUUUUAGUUGGAAUAAUAUUAAUGCUAUAUGUAUGUUAGUUCAUCUCUGGGAGAGUGCCCCCUGCCUGAAGGAUGGUGGGGUUUCAUUUCUGUUCCCUCCCCCCAAGAACUUGUUUUUCUUAUGUUGAUUUUUUAAAAGAAACUAAUCAUAUUGGACUCUGAAACAUUGCCACAUGCCCUCCGUGUUGUGACGGGCAGGUUCUUUAUGCCCUCCUUGUGUGAACGGGCAGGUUCUUUAUGCCCUCCGUGUGUGGACAGGCAGGUUCUCUGUGUAUGUACAGUUUGUCAAAAGAUUGUCACAUUGUUUUGUUCAUUUUUUUGUAUGAAACUACAAUAGAAUUUGUGCAAAAUUUACCAAA